UGCUUUGAGAUAUUAAAAAAUAUGUUCGAAAUUGAGCUAUUGUUAUAGACCAAUUAGUAUGAAAUAAAAAUAAAAGUUAUUGAUCUGAAUCCAAACCCUAUAUUAAUAAUAAUUUCGGAGUAGAUCGAGCUGCUAUUUUUUCAUUUUCGGUUCCAAAUUCUUCCCCUUUCUCCACUCAUCUUGGAUCGGUGGUGCUGGAAACGACGUCGUAGCAAGCAGAAAAUGGGGAGCGAAGCAUUGACGGCGUACAGAGCGCUGCUGAGAGCCACUCGGAAGACCUUCGCCGGCGACACCCUGAUGCUCAGGCAGUCCGCCGUUGAGGUGCGGAAAAAGUUCGAGGAGAAUCGCCACGUGACCUCCGCUGCCGACCUCAGCCGUCUCAUGGAGGAGGCACGUGAGGCCUCACACUUCAUAUCCACCAUGCUCGUCCAAGCCAAGCUCAACGAGCGCGGCGGCUACGAAGUAAAAGCUGAUAAAGAGCAUGCUGGAGCUACUCUUGAAAUCCCCUCUGAAGAAAUUUUGAAGAAUGCUUAGAAGGCAUCAACUUUAGACUAGGCAACACUCAUAUUUUACGAAACUUGGCCAACGAUCAAGCUUAGAGAAUGGGAAAGCUCCGUUCAUUCUUCAAUCGAAUAAUUUAUGGUUCUGUAGCUUUCAUCAAUAUUCUCGAGUUUGUUUGUAACCUUACUUGUUUCUGAGGUUUUGCUUUACCUUGUUCUUGAGAUUAUACUUCCAUUCAAUAAUGUGUUGUUCCUAGAUUUCACUGAAGGUUUCAGUGUGCAGUUUGCGAUUGAAACUAAUGAUUAUUGGUGAAACAUAGUUAUUUGUAUGAAUGAAAUAACACCUUGCGAUUUUGAUGGA